GUGUGUGUGUGUGUGAGUGUGUGUCUGUCUGUCUGUCUGUCUGUCUGUCUGUGUGUGAGUGUGUGUGGUGUGUGCGUGUGUGUGUGUGAGUGUGUGUGGUGUGUGUGUGUGUGUGUGUGUGUUCUGAGGUGAUGCGACGCCUCGACUCAGAAUAACAGCUGGAGUGAAUCCGCUGCAGGUGAAGGAGACGCGCUGAGAGCUGGUUCCCCUGGUCCGGACUGUCCGGACACGGGUCACCUGCCUGGCCCAGCCCCUCCCUAACCCCCUGCAGUGGGAUGUAAUAUGUACAGUGGCAGGUUUCUCAACCAGUGGGUCACGAGAUUCCGGGGGUCUGCUCAUGGUAAUGGAGAAAAAAUUAAAAUAAUAUUUUUAAUAUUUUAGGCUGUUUUUAUUUUUUUUUGUUCCAUCACUGAUGCUGAUGCUUCGCUCUGUGCUGCGUAAAAUACAUUUUAUCGAUACGUCGGUAGAUUAAUAUCAGGUUUUGAUUGUUUGUGAUCUGCUGUUAAAAUUGAGGUCAUCGAUAGCCGAACAUUGGAAACAGGGUCGGAGUGAGAGCUCCGUAUUUCAGCUUCAGAAACACGAUCAGAGUGAGACAUCUUCGCUUGUGUUGCAAUAAAAUAUUUCUGCUCCGUUUAGUCCCGCCCCCGGAAGCGGAACUCUCCCCGCGCGCGGAAUUUAAGUGAAGGAGCAGCUCGCGCUCGCACAGUCGGUUUCCCUCCUCGCGGACAAUAAACAUAGGAAAACAAUAAAAGAUCGAUAACCUUCAUCGGACUGAUUAAAACAUGGCGACACCACCGAAGAGGCUGUGCCGCGUGCCCGCCAGCCCGUCGCUGAGCGGCAGCUUCCUCCGCACGCACAAGAAAAUCUCCAUCGAGGGAAACAUCGCUGCGGGGAAGUCGACGUUUGUGCGUCUCCUGCAGGCGGCGUCAGACGACUGGGAGGUGAUUCCUGAGCCCAUCGGAAAAUGGUGCAACGUCCAGAACGACAGUGACGACAUUUACCAGGAGCUGAGUUCCUCUCAGAAGAGCGGGGGAAACCUGCUGCAGAUGCUGUACGACAAACCCAGCCGCUGGUCCUACACCUUCCAGAGUUAUGCGUGUCUCAGCAGAGUUCGCUCACAGCUUCAGCCUCCGUCAGUCAAACUUCAGCAGGCUGAAAACCCCGUUCAGUUCUACGAACGCUCCGUGUACUCGGACAGGUAUGUGUUUGCUUCCAACCUGUUUGAGUGUGGCAGCCUGUCAGACACAGAGUGGAGUGUUUAUCAGGACUGGCACACCUGGUUACUGAACCAGUUCGAACCUGAGAUCGCACUUGAUGCCAUCAUCUACCUGAGGGCCCAGCCACAGCGCUGUAUGCAGCGGUUGCUCCACCGGGGCCGGGAGGAGGAGCAGGGGAUUCCUCUGGAGUAUCUGGAGCAGCUUCACUUCAAACAUGAAGCCUGGCUGCACCACAGGAGCCUCAGGUUGGACUUCGAUUACCUGAACAAUCUACCUGUUCUGAUUCUGGACGUCAAUGACGACUUCAAGAACGACCGCAUCAGACAGGAAUCCAUCAUCGACAAGGUCAGAGAGUUUCUCACCACGCUAUAGAACCAUCCAUCAGUCGAGCAGCGGACGCAUCUGAUUGGACGAUCUUUGGAAAUGUUUCUGUCCAUGAAUUUUUUUUAGUAAUUUGUUUAUAUCUUGUAGAUAAAGUAAGUGUGUGUGUGUGUGUGUGUGAGUGUGUGUGUGAGUGUGUGUGAGUGUGUGUGUGAGAGUGUGUGAGAGUGUGUGAGAGUGUGUGAGUGUGUGUGAGUGUGUGUGAGUGUGUGUGAGUGUGUGUGAGUGUGUGUGCUGGUUUGUCCUGAGCGUGAGCUGUCACACUUGAUGUUUUUCUGCUCAGAUUUUCUUUUGACAUUUUUUCUGUUUUUUUAAAUUAAGUUUUUACUUUUUUACUUUUUAAAUACUAACUCUACUUUUUUUAACUUCUCCUCUGAUGCCAUCACACCAGACUUCAGUUAAAAAUCUACUGUUUUACAAGCUCUUCCUCACAUUAGAACAGAGGAACCAAACACUGUACUACAGGGCGUUGCAGUAUUAACACAGUAUUGCAGUACAGUGUGUACUGACACUGGCUGCAGUGUUUUGUCUCUGUUCUAACAUGAAAUGAUGAAAUACAUCAGAGUUUGAACCUGCUGCUGAUUUUUAAAUCUGGAAGAUUUCAGUAGUAUUUCCUCAGGAUUUAGAGGCAGCUGUGGUUUCUGGUUGUAAAUAAAGUUUAUUGUUCUCAGUG